AUAUAUUCCACGCUCCAAUAAAAGAGAACAUCAGAUGUGCGGGGAGAUUCAGCUGAGUAAGCGCCACAGAGUUGUUUAACUUUAGCCGACUGCCGCGUGGGAUUGUCAACGACAAUGUUGAUGGUGAUGGUGAUAUCAAAGAAAAAGAGGGGAUAACUAGAUUAAUUCGAGGAAUUAUAUUCAUAUGUCCUGCUCACCUACAAACCCUGUUCGGUGGUUGCUCCAUCAAUAAAGCAAUCCAACAUAAAUUACCAGUUCACCAUGAAUAACCAUUUGUAACGGUGUUCUUAAAGGAGGCGAAGGAUAUCAAAUAUGCUAUACUUUAUCUAAAUUGCACUUUAACAUUUUGCCAAUAGCAAGAGAAUUCAUGAACCAUUGGAGAAAGGGUCCUUAAGUGCCUCUUCUGAACAUUUGAAUAGCCACAGCAAUAAUCUGAUAAAGCUGAUGCAUCGUCUUAGCUGUGUGGGACUUAGCUGCGCGGGCGAACUGGGAGAAAUCGACCCACAAAGAAAGAGCAGAUCCAGCCAUAAUAAACUUCCUGUCAGUUGGCGGAGACCUUCAGGACCAUGACUGUGGAAGUACAUAGUGUAGAACACCUGGAUGAUAUGGUUCGAGUGAGAGUACUCCGUAGUUUCCAGAGAGGCGUUCACACUUACACCGUCAACCACGUCCCCUUCCCGUCAUUAGGAGCCUUUAUUUAUUUACAAUAAGGCUCCUUGGUUUUGGAGUGUUAUGUUAAACCCUCAAGAGCAGCCUUUUUUCCGCGUUCGACCUGGAAAGCAACCUUAGCACUACAGACGAUGCAGGAGCCUUGUUAGCAAGGUAUACCGAGCGUACUUGGUAUUCGUUUUAUCAGUCUCAGCCUAGUAUAGAGACAGCAUUGGUCCCGUUUUGAACUGUAGUUUGAGGCGUUUUUUAUGUCUGGUUUGUGGGCUGAACAAUGAUAGAUAGGUGACAACAACAGAGGGGUCACACAGGCUUAUUUAGUUAAAUAACUAAAUCCCCGGCCAUAGUAUAGAAGCCCUUUUCAAUAACUGCAUCCAUCCAUUCAAUACGACAGCCUGUCUGAUAAUUUUGCUGCAUUUUUAAUUUUAUUCUCAUUGUUACCUGGUUUUCUUGUAGCUAUUUAACGAAAUGAGACAAAAGCUAGGUUUAAAUACUGCCGCCAAGAUGAAUCGCUCUGUGGACAUUCCUCAACCAACCUCCAACCACACAGUUGUACCGAAGGCAGGCUGGCUUUUGGGACUGGGCUAUAUCAACAGGCCAACUGCAAUCGAAGGACGUGAGGAUUAGCAGUCGCCUCUCUCCGUCGAAACGGCUCCAAAAGUCAAAACGUGAAAAUGAGUUCGCCCGGCAAGGAACCACAUACCAGGACAAGGGGAUCUUAUACGCGCUCUCAAAACGCGCAGACUUCGACAUGGACAUUGCGGGCCAUCCUGAAACUUACGACGUUCUUGGCUGCCUGUGUUGCUUUUGCAUUGGGUGUGAUUUUGCGUGUUCAAGAUUCUCCGAAUGGGUUGCGCCUCUACAGGUGGAGGGCAAGCAAUUGGGAACAUCGCCGGGGAAAGGUUAAGGAAGCAUUUGUGAGUAGCUGGGAUGCUUACACAAAAUAUGCCUGGGGCCAAGACCAGUUUCACCCAAUCUCCCAAAAAGGCUCGCAGAUGAGCCCAAAGGGCCUGGGAUGGAUUAUCGUUGAUAGCCUGGACACUAUGAUGAUUAUGAACCUAACCUCUCAGCUGGGAGAAGCUCGUAAAUGGAUCCAGCGUGAACUUACAUAUGAUCAAGAUCAAGACGUCAACACGUUCGAAACGACAAUUCGCAUGCUAGGUGGCCUUCUCUCUGCACACUAUCUUGCAGGCCAACUCCCAGACGUCGCCUCUCAACGAGACUUCAUCUACUUGUCAAAGGCGAUUGACCUUGCAGAUCGACUACUCGGUGCAUACGAAUCCCCAUCCGGGAUCCCAUAUGCAAGUAUCCACCUGGAGACCAAAAAGGGAAUUGUAUCGCAUACUGAUGGCGGAUCUUCCUCGAUGGCAGAAGCUGCGACUCUCCAGCUAGAAAUGAAAUAUCUCGCCAACCUAACUGGGAAUGAAGUCUACUGGCGCAAGGCGGAGAAAAUCAUGCAAGUGCUUGAUGACAACGGCAUGCAAGAUGGCCUUCUCCCCAUUUUUGUAGACCCGCAAAGCGGCCACUUUACAACUCAAGAAAUCCGACUCGGGAGUCGUGGCGAUUCAUACUACGAAUAUCUCCUAAAGCAGUAUCUGCAGACAUCCGAACCCAUUUAUCUCGAGAUGUGGUCUGAAGCUCUAGCCGGAAUCCGAAAGCACAUGGUCACCAAGACAAAAUUCUCAAACCUGCAUUUCGUCGCUGAGUUACCCUCCGGAAUUGGAGGCAAAUUAUCCCCAAAGAUGGACCAUCUCGUCUGCUUCUUGCCAGGCACGAUUGCACUAGGCGUAACCGGCGGACUCACGGUAUCUGAAGCGAAAGAGAUCCAUGGCUGGAGCGACAAGAAGGAGAAGCAGAUGAACCUUGCCAAAGAACUCAUGAAAACAUGCUGGGGCAUGUACAAAGUCACGAGUACAGGGCUGGCUCCCGAGAUCGCCUGGUUCAAUGCGCACGAUGCGGACCUGCAACCUGUUCCCGGGGAAAAGAAAUCUCCUCUACCUCCGAGCAGAGACUCCAUCUCCGCCUGGAAACAAGAUUACAUUGUCAAUCCACUUGAUGCGCACAAUCUACAGCGCCCGGAGACGAUAGAGAGUCUCUUUAUGAUGUGGCGCAUAACUGAGGACCCCAUCUACCGGCAAUGGGGAUGGGAGAUAUUCGAGGCGUUUGAGAAAUAUACCAUCCCGCCGCAUGGAGAAGGGUAUGUGUCUUUGGACAAUGUAAAUAGUAUCCCGCCUAAGGUUAGAGAUAACAUGGAGAGUUUUUGGCUGGCCGAGACUCUAAAAUAUCUCUACCUCCUAUUUUCGCCAACCGACCUCCUCCCACUCACAGAUGUAGUAUUCAACACAGAAGCCCAUGUUUUCCCUCGGAUUAACGCCACAAAGUUUCAAACAGGUUGGACAAGGAAGCCGAGAUAGCCUUGAAUUGGGUGGACUAUUUGGUUACGCCUCAUCCUAUUAUUAUACUUCGCAUAUCACUAUUAAGUUUAUGGGGAUAUAAAGGAAUCUACAGCCUGGCUAUGCAUGAGCAACGGUUACGUUUUUUCUUCUGGGAGGACUGGGUUGAAUAUAAUUGUAUAUAACUUUCCGCUAGCUUCCGAUUUGGUCUAUUUCAUAUAUCGUUUCUCUGAUUCAGAAAGCUGAAUGGCCAGGAAUUGUAUGUGACUUGGCGACCUAAUGAAUAUGGAUCAAAGGAUCAUAGGAAAUCAAAGGCAGGUUGGUGAUAGUAAUGGCGAUGAAGGAGAUAAGGGUAAGAAAAACCAACCAAGCAUGGUAUAAUGUAAGAGAGAAAAGGGAGAGAGAAGAGGUUUUAACCACAUCAACAAAGAAGGUUCAUCCCGCAUGUCAAUUUGUAGAUGGCAGCUACCAAAACAGGUAUCCUGAAAACAAAAAUGUAGCAUAGAUAUAUAUACCUAUAUAGAUAAGACACAUUAUCCCGGACCUAAACAUAAGCAUCAACAUAAUAAAAAAUAAAAAAGCACCCGAUAAUUCUCUGCAAAAUUAGGAGGGAAAAGGAAACGAAUAGUAACGAAC